CUCAAUUUCGCUUACCACUCGCGGGACGUCCGACCUUCUUACGAAGAGUUCAUAACCAUACUCCGAUGCGCACCGAACCUAUCCUCUCUCGAAUUCUGCAUUUCCUCACCAGCUCCCCGCCAGCAAGGACCCGUUGCACAACCGAUAUUCCUACCUAAAUUGCGAAAACUUCAUCUCAUGUGGAUUGGAGAGGAAGAUGCAUGCGCAAUAUUACGUACGUUCUAUGCUCCGGCCUUAAGGAAUAUCACCCUCUACUUUGACCGGGAGAGCUAUGAUGCGUUUGUACGCCAACUAGCAGCUCCAAUG